AGUAAAUCUGCUGGCCAAAUCCCCUCAUGGCUCAAGCUGUGAUUUGGACCAGAGAGAUUUGUUUUCAGAGUGAACUCCGCCCUGCAGAGAUGACUACUGUAAAUGUCCAACACACGACUGCAGCAGGCCAGCAAAGAGUUUGUUUAAUUUGGAUAAAACAGCUUGGACCCGACUUUAGCGGCUCUUUUCCGGCGUGCUGACGUGCAAAAACCUACGUUGAGCCCAACAAGCUAACCCAACGGCAACUUUAUGCAGGUGCUGUGGCCGAGAUGUAAGAGGGGGUCAUGCCUUUGGUCAAAAGAAACAUUCAGCCUCGCCACCUGUGCCAUGGUGCAGUGCCUGAUAGGAUUGGCAACGAGCUGGAAUGUGUAACCAACAAUACGUUGUCCGCCAUCAUCCGCCAGCUCAGUAGUCUGAGUACACAUGCUGAAAAUGUUUUUGGGGAGCUUUUUAACGAGGCCAACACCUUUUAUGUCCGCGCCAACUCUCUCCAGGACCGCAUUGACCGCUUAGCCGUCAAGGUCACCCAACUGGACUCCAAUGUGGAGGAAGUCUCUCUUCAGGACAUAAACAUGAGGAAGGCGUUUAAACGCUCUGCUGUCCAGGACCAGCAGGUUUUGUCCAAAGGCAGCACUCCGAACUCGGUGGCUGAGAUGUACAACGGCAGCGACAGGCCUCCUCCCCUCAGCACCCUCACUGCCUACAGAGAGGAUUCCACAGAUGCAAUGAAAUUCUACUCAGACCCGUCUUACUUUUUUGAGUUGUGGAAGGAGAAAAUGCUUCAGGACACAGAAGACAAGAGGAAAGAAAGGCGGAGGCAAAGGGAACAGAAGCGAUGUGUGGAAAGCAGCACCCUUCAGCGUGAGGUGAAGAAGGUGAGAAAGGCUCGAAACCGCAGGCAAGAGUGGAACAUGAUGGCAUUCGAUAAAGAACUUCGUCCAGAUCACCGCCAUCCGCAGAGUCUCAACCGAGGGGCAUCGUCUGAGGGCUCACUCUCCCCCGACGGCAGGCCUGACUUCCCAGACUACCCCAUCCCUCCAUUGCCUACCCACGCUGCUUGUAAUCAUGCCAAGUCAAAUGAUUACAUGCCUGGGAACGCACACCCCUCACCACCUGUGGAGCAUGAAUACCACAGCAUUGAUGUCAACUACAAGAGAGUAACCUAUGCCACAGCAGAGCUUCACGCUGCAGACCGAUUGAAUGGUUCAAUACGUCCACCUGCAAAUUACAACUCACUCCCCCCACCUCCUUCCCCCGGCCCACCAAUACCAUCCGCCCAGACAGCCUUUGGUUUUCCUCUGGGCGCGCUUCCACCAACCCCACAUAAUGGAGCUUUGCACAUAGGCCCAGGCUACCCUCUCCCACCUGUACCUCCUCCAGGGCCGCACAUGUUCCCUCCUCCCCCAGGUCCCCCACCUCCACCUCUCCCUCCCUCAGCUGCACCAUCACACCCAGCGGGAUACAGUGAAGGCGGCAGAGCUGAGACUCGACCUGUGAGAGAUGCAAGAAGUGACCUACUGUCUGCGAUCCGCAUGGGCAUCCAGCUGAAGAAAGUUCAAGAGCAGCAAGAGCAGCUGAACAAGCAGGAGCCGGUGGGGAACGACGUGGCCACCAUCUUGUCCCGGCGCAUUGCGGUGGAGUACAGUGACUCUGAUGACGACUCUGAGCUGGAGGAAAACGAGUGGUCAGACUAAACACAAAGUGUAGCACCUGGCUGAAGUUUUUCUUAAUUGGAUCUUCAGUGCAAAUAAACCAAAAUGGUGAAUCACACUCUUUGGCUCCACCUAGUGGACUCCACAUACCAAACCACUGCUGCCAGAGCUCCCUUACUUCAUCUUGCAUUAUUAAUGUGCUGCCACAUUAAUGUUUAAUGAGGAAUCUGCAAGGGUGGACAGUUUGCACCAUUUUUCUGAAACGAGUGAAUUUUCAGAUUCACAUUAAGAAGUAAUGGAUUGUCUGAUUAAAUUGUAUGACUACAUGUUUUAUUUUCUACCACUAAUGAAAUGGAAGCCAUUUGUUUUCUCACUUUGUCAAUCUGAACUGUGCGUUCUAAUAAAAUGUCCUCUCCUGAUAAACUGACACCUUGAUCACACCAUACCCAUUGAUGAAAUGUGCAGUAGACCCUUAAUCUGAUGUCCCAGUACUAGGCCUUUUUCACUGAAGACAUUUAAGACAAGUUGCGGUAGGACAAGUCCAAGAAAGUCCAUAAAUAAUAAAAUGAUUGGCUGAAUUCCAUUUAGCUGCUUCACUUUCCGUAUCCUGGUACUAUGCAUGCUGGCUCGUUGUCACGCUGUCACGGCUUACUGGGACACUUGCAUAGAACAGAGCCAUCACUAAAGUUAUAAGUAACACCUGUACUUGUCCUAUCAUUAAACAGUAUAAAGUCAAAAUGUCUGUUGUGGAAAAGGCUUUUUAUAUAUGAGUGAGUGCAACAAUGUGAAAUAAAGCAUUGAAGAAU